UCCCUCUCUUCUUGCCUUCGGGUGGCGAUGGGGAGCGGCGGCGUGGACCUGGAGCAGCACCGCCUGGCCCUGAUGGCCGCCAAGGGGGACGUGGUGGGCGGGGGCGCCGCCGCCAGCUGGGCCCUCUUCACCUAUGAAAAAGCCAACGUCCUCAAGCUGCUGGACUCAGGAGCCGGCGGCCCAGACGAACUAGCCAAGCGCUUCCAGAGCGGUGCCGUCAUGUACGGAUUGUGCCGCCUGCCGGAUGGCAACACAGGCCAGCAGCACGUUGUCCUCAUCAGCUGGGUUGGCGAGAGGGUCUCGGACCAGCGCCGCCAAGCUUGUGCCGGGCACCUGCCUGCCAUCCGGACCUUCUUUAAGGAAGCCACCUUGGUGCUGAAGGCCAGCCAGGCCGAAGAAGUGACACAAGAUGGGUUGGCGCAAAGGCUGUCCCGGGCUGCUCCAUCAUCCGGCACUUCCAGCAAGAAGGGGCCCCUCGGGGACCCAGAGGAGCAGGUGGGCACCAACUACAAGAAGACGAAUCCUGCCCUGGAGAUCCUGAGCACCAAGCGGAGCUCCUUUUGGGCUCAGGCUGAGAGGGAAGAGGAGGAGAGGCGAGAGGAGGAGCGGAGGAGGGCCCGGGAGGAGCGCCGGCGCUGGGAGAGGGAGCGCAUGGAAGAGGAGCGGCGCCAGGCGGCUGAGCGGGAGCGGCGCAUCCAGGAGAAGGAGCAGCUCAUCCAGGAGCAGAGGAAGCUGCAGGCAGAGAAAGAAGCGGAAGAACGUCGGAGCGAAGAGGCCCGAAGGCAGCAGCAACGGGAACAAGCAAAGGCGCCUCCAGAAACAGGACUUCAGAAACACACCCAUGACAAGGAAGCGGCCACAACGCGAGAGGGGCCUGCGUUGAGUCCGCAGCACACGCACAGCCCUCGAGGCUUCUUCCGGCAGCGGGAGCGUUCGGGCUCUGCCUCGGAGCGGCCGUCUUCCCCGGGGAGCCAGCCAGGAGUGCCACGAAGGCCUUUCCUCCGCUACCAGCGCAGCCUCACGGAAUCGGCCUAUAUCUUCCAGCGGCCGGACCCCCUCCGCAGCCCCUCUUCCCCUUUGGGGGGCUUCCUGCCCUCCGGAUCCCCCCAUGGGGCAACCCCCACUCCUCGUCAGUCCAAGCCCCCUCCGCCCCCCAUCAGCCCCAAACCCGGGCCUGGAGCCCUCUCCCCCCUCCCGGACCCCAAAGGAAGGACCCCUCCCAUUCCCAAUGCCAGGACCUCCAGUGGACAUGCUGCGGCCACUACUAGCCCCCUGGCAGAGCCUAGCCUCCAGGACUUGACCCUGAGUGGGUCUCCUGGAGGGGGUCCCACCAGCACCCCUUCCCCAGAAUUGGGUCUCCCAUCCCCUUGCAGAGCUGGUGACCCUCCUUCCCCAGGCCCCUCCCUCUCUGACCCGCCUCAAGCAGGUCCACUUGGGGCUUGUCCGGAGGAGACCCUGCCCCACAUCAAGUCCACGGACCCCUCCCCUCGGAGUCCAGGCUGUUGUGGGGGUCCCAGCCAAGCAGAGGAGGAAGGGGGCCAAUCCAUGUGCUGCUCAGCAACAUUGCCCCCCACAAAUGGCUUUCUGCAGGAAGAGGGUCUUGCAAGAGAUGAGACCCCGGCACUAGCACCCAGCCAAGCUGAAUUGGCCCCAUCCUCACAGAAGGGAAUGGGAUCCAUGGAAGAAGAGGUGAAGUGUCCCAAAAGCCUUGGAUUGGAUAUGGGAGGCCAGGUGGACUCACCUGCUGGUGUCAACCUCCCUGGAACAGGGCUUGUGGCAGGUGAGGGGACACGAAAUGGGGUCCGGUCCUCUUCCGUGGAAGGCACUGAACAUGACAUGGACCCGAAAUGGCAAGCGGCAGAGGCCUGACCGCUCUUCCUGCCAAGGCACAGCCCACUCCCACGCUAUUCCAGGUUGCUUCUGCUUCGAGGAGCCCUUCCCCAUGGAUACUUCUCACCCAUCUCCACUUGCAGCCUCCCCAACAAAUAAAGCUUAAACAGGA